CAAAAUUAUUGGAGGCUGCCAAUUCAAGCCAGAAUAAAAAGUCCAUCUCUGUCAGCUGAACAACUAUCACCUUCCGAUAAGGAAGCUUCAUCUGUCGUCGGUCGGAUUUGGCGGUUAAAACUGCGCUGUGGAUUGCGACAACGACAAAGCGGGAACGACGAACGCAAAAACGAAUACAAAUAGCUUGAAUCCGUCCCGAAGACAAAUCUGCUGCAGGAAUGUCAACAACGCCGCCGGAAUGAGCAGGCGGUGAAGUGAAGCGCCACUGCGUUGGGCAAGAAAAUGUAGAUGCAACACGAUUCGCGGGCUGUGGAAUCGAACCCGGAGUCAGUUUGUAGAUGGUCCAGGAGCAGUUGGUGGCAACGGAAUCAGUGCUGCGGGAGCUUGGGUUCCAGGUUCUGAAGACGAAGAUGCCCAAAGCGGCACUGGCCAUCCGGCGCAAACAGCCCCCUGGCACCACUGUAAAUGCCCAGAACGUUUGACAGUCACCAAAACCUCGAAGAGCCCACGCAUUAGUAUAUGUGAAGAGCCCACCAUAAACAAUGUUUUGGGUUAGUGUAUGUGAAGAGCCCACCAUAAACAAAGCCUUGGAUGAAGUAGUAUUGGUGUCGUGUGAUUGUUUACAUCGAAAUAGGGAAAUGGCGGAUGCGAAAGAGUUUAAUCAAAAAUAAUAUGUUUGUGUUAUAAACUGUUUAAAAAAUCGACGCAAGUGGUCACAUUUAUCUUGGACAUAUUUCCGGACGUAAAACAUGUGUGAAUGAGGCUGGAAACGAAAAAGGAAUCGGCUGGUGGGAUGAGCAGCCGGAAAAGCGGAAGUGAUUUUAUCUCUUCCGAAGACCGGAACCGGAACUGGUUCCUAUUUGUGUGGGGGCAAAAAUCCGACAAGAAGCUGCUCUGAUGCGUGGAUGACAGAGGGCUGGGCGCAAAGCACCGUCAACGACACAAGCUGGAGGAGGUGGUCAAAACUUGCAUAGGAACUAAGUAUAUCCGCCGUUGGUCCAAUUUGGGGGUCAAGAUUGCGCUGGAUGCGGUGGAGACGGUGAAGUUGCCGAGAAUGUUCGCACCAAGAUCGACGAGUGGACCGACUUUAGCAAGCUGCUGAAGGAGGAACGUGGUGAGUUAACAUCUCUCUACUAAAAACAUAAAUAAACUUAGUUAUUCUCCACAGCGCAUCAACACCGGAUUGGACCCGGAUUCCUGGCAUCCCCCGGCUGGGAUCGCCCCUAGCAGUCGAGCAAGUAGCACGGCGAAACCCCCAGCAGCCAGAGGAACGGAAAACAAGCCCACCAUCUUUGAUCCGGUUUUAACGGUCAUGCCGUAACAGCCACAGUUUACGUCCUGUCCGGAAUCGCGCAGUCAGACUGCAGUUUAAGGGCCACCAAAAUAUUCCAGCGUAUUUACUGUACUGCACAAAUAUUUUGCAUCUAAAUCUGUGAAAAACUGAAUAAAAACAUGAAAACAGCAACAAACUUUUAAUCCAAACAAAUAAAAUAGAUGACUGAUGCGAGAAAAGAAGAAGAAGAACCUCAAAAACGAGGUUGAUGCGCGUCCGAUUUUUCACCUCUACGUCGUUCUUACAUCGCCCCCGCACGUAGGCCUCUUGCGAUGUUCGAACAACCUUGACAGGUUGACGUUUCGGGUGCAAAAUAGCUUGAUUCGGGUCUGAUGCGUGUCUCAAAAUCAGACCCGAUCGGCCCCGUAUUUCUUACUGGGAGGCAAAGAUAAUCAUGUAGCAGAUUGUCUCUCUAGGUUACCAAUACAACAACAAAUAUGUCAAGCUGAUUUAGAUGAAAGUAAACGAAGCUCUCCAAAUUGUUUGAAUUUUUUAGUGGAAAACCACGAGUUUAACCUGAAUGCCAAAUUAAUUGCAGAACAGACGAAGCAUGAUCCAAUUCUCUCCCAAAUUAUCCAAUUUAUCGAAAAUGGAUGGCCAUCUAGAAUAUCUUGUAAAUCUGUUAAAAAAUUUUAUUCAAAAAAACAUGAAUUAAAUAUCGAAGCAAAUUGUUUGAUAUUCAGCAACAUCAUUAAAAAUGUAUGCACUUCAACUACUGCAUGCAAAUCACAGAGGAAUUCAAAAAAUGAAACAAUUAUCAAGACAAUUUGUUUAUUGGGAGGGAAUUGGCGUAGAUAUUGAGGUUUUUGCUAACUCUUGUAAAAUUUGCCAAUUAAAAGGAAUUGAUAGAACACCACAAAUAUACGGCAAUUGGCCAUUAGCUUCAACAACAUUUGAGCGAGUGCAUAUUGACUUUUUCCAGAAAUACAAUCGCACUUUCUUAAUAUUAGUAGACGCACACUCACGAUGGGUUGAAAUAAUAAGAAUGAACAAAACAAAAGCAGAAGAAGUGGCCCAGGAACUUGACACAAUUUUUGCCACCUUUGGUUUUCCUGGCUCCAUGGUGAGUGACAAUGGGCCUCCAUUUAGUAGCCAAAAAUUCUCAUCAUUUUGUAAGAUAAACAAUAAUAUUCGCACAUUUCUACAUCACCAUCACCAAACUCCCACAACUGGAGACCGAAUUAUUCCAAACGAGAGAGUUUUCAACUUUAUUCCACGUUCUGAACUUAUAAAUUUAAGAGAAAAGAAAACAGUUUUCUGCACGAAUUACGAAAAUGAAAACACUAGAAAAUUUAAGAAAAACGAUAAGGUAAUUUACACUUAUAAGAUGAAUGGGAAGAAGUUCACUCAUGAAGCUGUAAUCAUAAAGCCAAUGUCAGAAUUAAUUUUUCUUAUUCAAAUUCAGGGAAACAUUCGCAAAGCUCAUGUAAACCAAUUAAAUAGAAUCCCACAAGUUCCAUUUACAUUAAAAAUCAGGCCAGAUAAUUCUACUCCCAUACACCCAAACAACACAUCCCCAACAUUGUCAACAAACAGUUCUGAUGAAGAAGACAACACAAAAGAUUCGUCAGCUGAUGUAGAGGCAAACAAUAAAGAAUCAUCAUCUGAAGAGUCACUUUCAUCAGCUGACGAAGAAACAGAACCAUAA